UAAAACUGUCUUGAUCGGGAGUGCAAUUCGAUAAUUCGAGGCUAAUUGUUUGUCAGCCAUCAAUUAUAAUUACCAAAAAUAAAAUCCAAUUAAUAUAUUCAGAAAUUCGGGGGAAAAAAUGCAGAAAAUCAAAGAACUGCAAUUUUAUUUAAAAUCUUUCCAAAUAAUUGUUAAGAAAUCAAUAAACAAAACCGAUUUGGGAAUCUUGAUAAGACAGACCCCAUGGCCGGCAAUGGGUCAUGGAAAAAAAAAACAGUGGUAGGGAAAACAGGGACGAGUGAGUCUGCGGGUUCUCGCGCGCCCGUACUGGAUGCUGCAAAAUCAAUACUCGCCCCAUUGCGUGUAUAGUUAUCACGCUAUAGCCCUACAAAUACGAGAGUAUCUGGACCGCAGUCUUGUGAUUAAAAAGAUCAGCAUCAUGAGUACAGCUUCACAUACUUGCAUACCUGAAACGACAGUCUUAAGGGAUCUUCAUGGCGAAGAGUCCAUCGAGGAAUUGUCGGAAUCGGUGGACGAACUUCGUGAAAAAUUGGCAAACAUGAAGAGAAUGAUGGAGGAACGCAAAGGAAGUACUCUGGGCGAUUUGAGUACAGCGAAAAAGAGGAAGGAAACGUCUGACAUAAUAGACGGUAAUUUUCUAUCCUGGAUCUUCGUAUCAGCCCUAAUCGUGAUUCUCAGCGUCAGUUUCUACGCCUUUUAUACUCUGUAUCACGCGGUACUAAAAAAGUUCCCAUCCCGCCAUACAGAAUUGUAAAUUUUAUGUGUUAAGCGAAGAGAAAGAAACAAAAAACAUUCUGAAAAAAUAACAAUGCAAAAAACACUCAUUUUUUCAUGAUGAACAUCGUUUGUCCACUGCUUUGGGUAUUCUAUUGUCAAAGCAAUAGAAAUAAUUAUCAAUUAGCGUGGUAUAUCUUUAUUAUUCACAAUUAACACCAACGAUAUACAGGAAAUUUCGAACGCACUUUAUAUGAAUAUAUAUAUAUAUAUAUAUAACGACUCCCUUGGAAACGGCUCAGGUUCGAAAAUGAACGGCGCUGUCUCGAAAUCAUUCUCUCGACAAUCAUAAUAACAUCCAAGUUUCGAGACACUAUUUAUAGGCUAAGCUCCUAAUUUUCGUCAAAUAACGAACGAAUUUACUUCAAUUUUCGGUGUAAUAGGAAAAACGAGAAUUUACAAAUGGAUUGUUGGACCUUGAACAACGGAUGCGCUCGUUGAGCCAGUUUUUUGAUCAAUUAUUCUUUGUCACUUAGCAUCUUUUGUUUUUGGAGUUGAAAAACAAAACGGCCGGUACACUCAACACACUGUAUUUGUGCAGCGCAGGGAUACGACAAGUGACGCACUAUAAAUUCAGACUUGUAUUUCACAAUACGUUGCGAGACGCGUGACGAACCUUACCUCGGACAUAAUGUAAAAAGUCUUCCUACAAAAUGUUAUAUAUUUACCGAUACACUAACUCGAACAAUGCGGAGAGAGACGUAGUACAUUUUCAAUAUCGUCGAAUAAUGAUCAUGUAAAGUGUUUUUCAAAUAUACAAUAUAAUAAACGUU